CUUGGCACCAUCAGCCAGCACGCAGCCAUCUUGGACCGAACUCUGUCUGGAUGGGCGAACCCCACGCUUCUGGAUGGGAAGAAUUUAAUCAACCUGGAGUGAUUUAGAGCUGACUGCCUGGAGCCAAAGGACGAAACUGCGCAUUCUGAAAAAUUAUAUUAAGAUCCAGAACCGGGUUUUAUGCGGACGCCCCCUCCCCUUUUCCUUGUCUGAACGCUUUGUGCAGUUUCUGAGGGGCCUGAGAACUGUUUGAGCUCGAGUUUAAAAUAAGCACUUCAGGCAAAGUUUUUUAAAGUAAUCCAGCGCAGCAUAUUGGUUAUGACCUGCUGGUUGCCAGAUCUUUGUGGAGAGUUGCACCUUUGUGUCACCGGUGACCUGUUGUGCCGUUAUGCGUCUGGAUAAAUUGUUGCAUUCAUCUGGAUCUUGUAUUUGUGCUGGAAUUUACUGUUGAUGUUGAUCGAAUCCAUGAUCUUCAUCGGCUGGUGGCCGGCAGCUGUCCACCCUGCGAACUGAAGCCUGCUUUGAUCAGACACACUUGGACUGCAGGAAGCACUUUGGAGAUAAAGACACAUUAAAAUGUCAACUAGAACACCACUACCUACUGUCAAUGAGAGAGAUACGGAAAACCACACAUCACACACGGACGGGCGGAAUGAAGUGGCGUCCCGUCCCGGGCGGUCAGGGGCCCGCUGCCGGAACUCUAUCGCCUCCUGUGCCGAUGAGCAGCCACACAUCGGCAACUACCGUCUCCUCAAAACCAUCGGCAAGGGCAACUUUGCCAAGGUCAAGUUGGCACGACACAUUCUUACAGGACGAGAGGUGGCCAUAAAAAUAAUUGAUAAGACACAACUUAAUCCUACCAGCCUUCAAAAGCUCUUAAGGGAAGUAAGAAUAAUGAAGAUUCUAAAUCAUCCGAAUAUUGUAAAGCUGUUUGAGGUCAUAGAAACAGAGAAGACACUUUAUCUGGUGAUGGAGUACGCCAGUGGUGGGGAGGUGUUUGACUACCUCGUAGCACAUGGGCGAAUGAAGGAGAAGGAGGCCAGAGCUAAAUUUAGACAGAUUGUAUCAGCGGUUCAGUAUUGCCAUCAAAAACACAUUGUGCACAGAGAUCUCAAGGCAGAAAACCUACUGCUGGAUGCAGACAUGAACAUUAAGAUCGCAGACUUCGGUUUCAGUAAUGAAUUCACUAUUGGGAACAAACUAGACACGUUUUGCGGCAGCCCUCCGUAUGCGGCCCCUGAGCUUUUCCAAGGCAAAAAGUAUGACGGGCCUGAGGUGGAUGUGUGGAGUCUGGGGGUCAUCCUCUACACACUGGUCAGUGGAUCACUGCCCUUUGAUGGACAGAAUCUAAAGGAGCUUCGUGAGCGGGUGUUGAGGGGCAAAUAUCGAAUUCCCUUCUACAUGUCGACUGACUGCGAGAACCUCCUGAAACGCUUCCUGGUGCUGAACCCUGUCAAACGGGGAACACUUGAGCAAAUCAUGAAGGAUCGAUGGAUCAACGCAGGCAGUGAGGAGGACGAGCUCAAGCCGUUUGUGGAGCCGGAGCUCGACAUCUCUGAUCAGAAGAGAAUCGAUAUCAUGGUAGGAAUGGGUUACUCGAGGGAGGAGAUCCACGAAUCUCUAACCAGGAUGAAGUACGACGAAAUCACGGCUACCUACCUGCUGUUAGGAAGAAAGUCUACUGAGUUGGAGGUGAGUGAUUCCAGCUCCAGCAGUAACCUCUCUUUGGCGAAGGCCAGACCCAACGGCGAGCACAAUAACGGCCAGUCACCAUCUCACCUCAAAGUCCAAAAGAAUGUCUCCUCCAACCAGAAACAGCGUCGUUACAGUGACCAGGCUGGUCCAACCAUUCCUUCGGUGGGUUACCCCAAGAGAAGUCAGACCACUUCUGCAGAAAGUGACCAUAAAGAGGAGGGCAGUGCGCAGGCACGUAAGUCCAGCUCAUCUGGAAGCCGUGGCAUGGCUCCACCGAGCCCCAUUCUGGGCAACGCCAAUAACCCAAACAAGGCCGACAUUCCUGACCACAAAAAGAGCGUCGGUGCCCCUGGGAGCAAUUCUGUGUCUAGCGGCAUGACCAGGAGAAACACAUAUGUGUGUAGUGAGAGGAACGCCGCAGACCGCCACAAAGUCAUCCAGAACGGCAAAGAGAACAGCCUGAGUGAAAUGUCGAGAUGUGUCAGAACGAGUCCGACAGCAUAUGCCGUUGCUCUCGCCAGCUCAUCGGCUUCAGUCCGUCUGCUCCACCAAAAGGCUGCAUCCCUCUCGGCCUCCGGACACACCUGCCGCGUCACCUUGCCGCCCAACGACGGCACCUCUGGUCUCUUCAGGCCCAAUACGAGCGCGUCUCAGACGAGUCAGCGAAACCCCGGUGCCUCCACCCACAGCAUUAGUAGCGCGACUCCCCCAGACCGCCUGCGUUUCCCACGAGGCACGCUAAGCCGCAGCACUUUCCACGGAGGCCAGCUGAGGGAGCGACGCACGGCCACCUAUAACGGACCCCCAGCCUCUCCAACCUUAUCACACGAUGCCACGCCGCUCUCACAGUCCCGGAGCCGAGGAUCAACAAACCUCUUCACAAAGCUCACAUCCAAGCUCACACGCAGAAAUAUCUCAUUCAGGUUUAACAAAAGAGUGCCGGCAGAAUGCGAUAGAAACGGGAGGUAUGAGGAUUCAAGUCGUAAUGUAUCUGGGGAUCAGAAAGAGGAAUAUAAAGACGCCAAACCCCGCUCGCUACGCUUCACCUGGAGCAUGAAGACCACCUCCUCCAUGGAGCCCACAGAGAUGAUGCGCGAGAUCCGCAAAGUCCUGGACGCCAACAACUGCGAUUACGAGCAGCGCGAGCGCUUCCUGCUUCUGUGCGUCCACGGCGACGGCCACGCCGAGAGCUUGGUCCAAUGGGAGAUGGAGGUGUGCAAACUGCCCCGCCUCUCGCUAAACGGCGUGCGCUUCAAGCGGAUAUCAGGAACGUCCAUCGCUUUCAAGAACAUCGCCUCGAAAAUUGCCAACGAACUGAAGCUGUGAGGAAAAAAGUGGAAAAUGUGAAGAAGCAGCAAAAAGGACUAAGGCACAAAACUAGAGUUAUCAAGGUGUAUAUUCUUUUUGAACAAGUAGCAGAUACAAGGAUUGUUUUCCUUAAACACUUACAAAGUAUGUACUGAAAAUAUUGUAUAGAAUCAUGCCUUAGGCAAUAAUUUCCUGCAUCUUUGAAGCAUUAUUAAUGUUAUUAUUAUUGUUGUUAUUAUUAUUAUUGAGGGAUGGUUUCAAACUAGGAAAACGAUGACGGUUUCAUUUCAGUUUUUUGUUUCGUUUGUGCACUACUGCAGUAGGUGCCCUGUGGGGCCAAAAAAAUCACA